GUGAGGGGAGGUGCGGUGGGUGGCUCCUCUGCGGUCUUCCCUCAGUGCACUGCUUGUUUUGCCACCGAAACUCGCGUGCAGAAACCGAGAUGCGGAAAUCGAAUAACUACUGUAUUGCUCCUUUAUGCUACUCAUUCACUCACUCAGAAGGGGCUACCUGCAUUCGUGAUAGAAAAUAUCAGAUCUUCACUAAUGAGAAGAAAAUUGAAAGCAACAUAUGGAGGAAUAUUAACAGAUUUUAGAUACACGAGCAAGGGUCUGAACCAGGGUGAUAUUUGGUCCCCAUUAUUGUACAUUCUGUUUACAUCAGACCUUAGGGAAGUUGUUACAGAGGAAGAAGUGUUUAUGCUACAGUAUGCAGAUGACAUCAGCCUAACAGUUCGCCACUCAUCUCUAAGGGAAGCUAUCUACAAACUCCAAGAUGCAGCAAGGAACCUGGAGGAAAAGAUAUCACAAAAUGGAGCUACAUUAGAGCCAACAAAAUCUCAAAUGGUGAUUUUUACUAGAAAAACCAAAAUUCCUGAGCCUCAGCACAUAUUACUAAGGGGAGGGGAAGUCCCCAUAAAAAAGAAGCAAAAUUCCUAGGAAUAACAAUGGAUCCAGCGCUAAAUUGGAAAACUCAUGUAGCUAACACCCAAGCAAAGUGCAGAAAUCGUUUAAAAUUUAUACGCUCACUGACAGGACAUUGGUGGGGAGCCCACCCAAUGACACUGAAACGCACCUACACCUCCUUAAUUCGACCAAUGUUGGACUAUGGAAUAGAGAUCUACGACCCUCAUUCCCAAGAGAUGUGGGCGAAACUUGAGAGCAUACAAAUGGAAGCAGCAAGAAUUAUAACAGGAGCAAUGAAGUCCACUCCGAGACAUGCUCUACUGGCAGAAACAGGAGAAAUGCCCAUUCAACUUCGACAGCGCUAUCAUAUCCAGAAAAUCCUCCUGAAAUGGCAGAGUAUCUCCACAAACCGUAUAAUCCCAUUAAUAGAAGAAGGAAAUAAUAUUAGAACUCAAACCAAAUACAGACAUCCAUUGUUCAGAGGCCUCCAAGAUAUAUUAGUCCCUAAAGAUGAAAUUUUUUCUUCUGAAAUCCCCCUCUGCUAUUAUGUAGAUUAUGAUGCAAGGGACCUCACCAUCAGGCUAUCAGCGGAUUUUCCUCCUGAAAACACCAUAACAGCAGAAGAAUUAGAGCCGAUUGAAAUUUAUAACAAACUACGUCAAGAUCAUUGGAAAAACUUUUAUGUGCUGGCUACUGAUGGCUCACGUCAAGCAAAUGAAACUCCUUCGGUGGGCUCUGCUAUGGUAGAUGUAAACAGAAGUCCGGAAAAGGCCAUCAUAAAUAAACUCCAUAGUUUAGCUUCAGUGUACGACGCAGAAAUUAGGGCGCUACAGCUUGCAGUAAAUUAUCUACCUGAAAUAGAAAACCAGAGAAAGAUAUUAAUCCUUACAGAUAGUAAAAGCUUAGUAGCAGCCCUACAUAGAAGAGAUAUCUCACCAUAUGAACCUCCUGAACUCACCAAGUUAAGAGAAAGCAUCAGCAACAUACCAAAUCAUAAAGAUAUCUGGAUAGCCUGGGUCCCUGCACAUAAAGGCAUCCUGCCCAAUGAGCACGCCGAUGUGGCUGCAAAAUUAGCAGCUACAAUGGGACUUCCUCAUAAAAUGCAGCAGAGAUACCAAAACUUCCUUCCUGAGGUCAGGACGCACUUCUACAAUGAAUGGCAACAGCUCAGAUGUACUGCAGCAAACCACCCAAUAAAACCGGUGGGAAGAUUCAAUCUUUCAUUAGACCGAGAACUUACGUCCCGUACAUGGAUUAGCCUCGCAGAUGAGUGUCCUCGUAUUUUUCUGUCACCCCUUAUGAGGGUUAGAAUGGGCCAUACUCAUGCGCCAGCAUCCCUUCAUAGAUUUGGGAUAAUAGACUGCCCUUUGUGCGACCGGUGCGGAGAAGAGGCUACAACAGAACAUCUCAUCAACUCUUGUCAAUUCAUCGACCGCCUCCAUUUUUUCGAACAUCUACAAGAAAAUGCAGUACCAGAGCCUCACACUUUUCCAUCACUUCUCAAUACUCGCCGCCAUAUCAAGAUUGUCAUCACCGCCUUUGCCUUACUCUUCGAACACAACCCGCACCUAAAAUUAUGACAUCAUAGUGGAACAUUAGAACAUCGCCUGGCCCACUGCUCACAGCAAGAAGCCAAAAAAGAAGACCCCCCCCCCCCCUACUCAUUCACGGGCUGGGUCGCCCGAUUUGCGCGCACUUUCUUCCAGGGCUGUGGAGGCUCCGUGCCGGCGGAAUUUUUUGGCCCUUGCACGCUGCUAUUCCUUCCCUUUGCCAUACGCGCGUCGGAAGGGCGUACCACCCGAGCUUCGAUCCUAGUUGGUCAUGUCUCUCACAGCUAUCUAUCUACUUUGGCUCAAAUGGAACUCUUCGUGAUCUUCUGCCACCACAGGAGUUUCAGCUCUGCAGCCAACAUCAUGAAGGGUAACAUUUGAGCCAAGAGACUCCGAGCUGCCAUAGAUGGAACUGCCGCAUCCAUAGUUUCCUGGGUCGAAAAAUUGCCAAUUAAUGAAAUGAUUAAGUUCAAAAUAUUUAAGAAAAUUGAGCACGCAGAUGAGAUGAGGCUAGAUGCAUUUGACCUGCUUGAAAUAUAUAGCGUGAAGCUGGCGCGUCUCAACGCCACAGAGGCAGAGUUAAGCGACCGGGAGCAGCAAGUCGCAGCCCGUGAAGAGAGCGUGAGAGGACGAGAGGCGGCAGUAGCAAACCCCAGCAAAAUGUUAAUUGAAGGUCAUCAAUAUUAAUAAUAACAUGCAUUUCUCCUAAG